AUGUCCUCCAGGCAGAACUCCUUCGGUGUGGUGACCCUAGUCCCCUCCAGCGCAAGUGAACGCACCCGUCAGAUUCUUACCAUGAUCGAGGAUUAUCUCCGCAACGCAGAUGAUGCUGUUUGCCAUCAGUUCCGAGCCAUGACUGAAUCGGAGCGUAUUCGCGCGCUUAUCGCCGUCAAUGCAGAAGCAGCAAAGAUCGAAGGAAUGGUCGAUAGCCGAGCCAAAGGUGACAAGCAGGCUUCGGUCGAGAAGAUGUUCGGUAUCUUCAGGACCUUCCUCCCUCAAUGGAUCAAGAAAGGUGCCUCCAAGCCCGCCGUUCCAUAUCAAAGCAUGCCACGCGGGAGCCCCAUGGCUGCCCAGCCAAAGCGUCGAGUUGACUCUACUGAUAUGCGUCAGUCCCUGCUUCGUGCGCAAAUGAGCAGGGCUGGUGGUAAUUACGGACCUGUUCCGCAGACCGUCCGCGCCACCGGCAGCGCAUAA